AAAUUAUCGUGACACUUCUGCUGUGAGAUAACACAUACUGACUGCCACAUUUACUUCGAGUAAGUCGUACUUUUUACACGUUCGCGAGGCUAAAAAAUGGGUUGGUCACGUCCGGAGCAACCUGCAAUCCCUAGGGUGUACUACACGUUCCGUGCGAAGGACGCUGACAGUGACCAGCUGGUGACCUAUCGAGUGGAAGAUCUCACCGAGGAUCGCUACGAUGACAUGAUACAGCACUUCACGGAGAACUUUGUGGACGAUGAACCGCUGUGUGAGAACCGUAAAGUGUCAAGCAGUGUCGAAGGAAUGAGAGAUUUGAAGCUGUUCUGGCACUGGUGUUUUACCCAGAACAUGACUCUCGUGUGCUAUAAAGAGGGAUCUGACGAAAUCGUGGGAGCGAAUCUUUUAGGAGUGAAGACCCCAGAAAAGUACGACUGGCAGCUGAAAAUGCAAAGCCAAAAAGAGGGUGACAUCCUUGCUGCCAACGAAUACUUGACGGACAACUUCGACCUGUUUGGGCACUACGGUGUGGACAAGUAUCUGGCAGCGUUUGGACUUUCCGUCAAUCGGCGCUACCGAGGACGAGGCAUCGCUACGGAGAUCCUGAAGGCACGAGUUCAACUGUGCAAGGCAUUCGGGAUCAAACUGACAACGACAAACUUUACCGCUCCGGGAUCGCAGCGAGCGGCUGCGAAAGCUGGUUUCAAGACGGACCUGGAAGUUACAUUCGAACAAUUUGCGAAAAUGGGACCAAAGUACUCCUUUCCUGGAAUCAAGUCACACAGUUUAAAGCUUAUGAGCAUGAAGGUUGAUUGAGAGUGGUUAAAAAAUUGGUAAACAUUUUUGAUUGAUAAAAAAAAUAAUAAAAACCACACCUUGAAA